ACCGGAAGUCGUCACAACUGUUCAGCUUGUUGAAUGUAGCUGCGGGGAACUGCUGCUGUCUGCAUCCAACGCCGAAUUGAUCAUAAUAUCGAUUAAACGCGUUGAAAUCGAUGAACUUUGGCUGAUGUAACAAUUAAAACUAAACGAAUUAGUUUCGUAUCCAGCGGCGUCAAAGUGGAAAACCGCGAAAAGUCACACCGAAAUGUUUGCUAACCGGCUAGCUAACGUUAGCAAGUGCAGCUAAACGGUCAGACCGAAACGCUAUUUUCAUCAACUCGCGUCGAUUUGCUGACUAGUUACUCGAUUAACUUUCACUUUAAAUGGAUGAGCACAAGGAGAACAUCCACGCCGAGGACGUCAACGUGAAGAUGUCAAACACAAGAGAAGACGAGCAGGUGAAGCCUUGCAGCAGGAUAUGUCCCGCAGGGGAAUCUGCUCCUCAGGUGUCCCCGUCUCGGUCCAACAGCGACUUCAGUCAUCCCGUGUACAAAGAGAUCGCUCUCGCUAACGGACACAUCAACCGCAUGUCCAAGGAGGAGCUUCGGAUCAAGUUAGCAGAGCUGCAGCUCGACACGAGAGGUGUAAAGGAUGUGAUGAAGAAGAGGCUGAAGAGCCACUAUAAGAAGCAGAAGCUGAUGCAGUCUGCAGCCGAGGGAGGACCCACCGACACCUACUACGACUACAUCUGCGUGGUGGACUUUGAAGCCACGUGCGAAGAGGAUAAUCCUGCAGACUUCCAUCACGAAAUCAUCGAGUUCCCCAUGGUUCUUAUCAACACGCACACCUUAGAAAUUGUGGACUCAUUUCAGGAAUAUGUGAAACCAGAGUUGAACCCACAGCUUUCAGACUUCUGUGUGAAGUUAACAGGAAUAACACAGAAAAUGGUGGAUGAAGCGGACACGUUUCCAGCAGUCCUUCAGCGGGCCGUCACUUGGCUUCAGGAGAGGGAGCUCGGGACAAAGUACAAAUACGCCAUCCUAACUGACGGAGCCUGGGAUAUGAGCAAGUUCCUCAACAUCCAGUGCCGGAUCAGCCGGAUCAGAUAUCCUCAUUUUGCAAAGAAGUGGAUAAACAUCAGGAAAUCUUACGGAAACUUCUACAAGGUCCCCCGCACACAGACGAAGCUGAGCACCAUGUUGGAGAAGAUGGGUCUGAAGUACGAGGGUCGUCCUCAUUCGGGGCUGGAUGAUUCGCGCAACAUCGCCAGGAUAGCUCUGCGCAUGCUGCAGGACGGGUGUCAGCUCCGCGUCAAUGAGCGCAUGCACGCCGGCCAGCUGCUCUCUGUUCCCAGCUCGGCUCCCGUCGAAGGAGCCCCAGCACCACAUGGCCCCCGCAGCAGGGACUGAACCAGGAACUGUGCGGACAGAAGGUCCAUCUUGAUUCUUUUUCCCCCCUAUAAGUUACAGAAAAGUAAAAAAAGAUCCAAAGCACUUUCACAGUUAAGUCGUACAUUUUAGUUUUGGUGCUUAAAAAGUUGUAGCUGGCGAAGAAUAUUCUACUCAUACUUGAGGAUUCCUCUCUGACCACAAUAUAUUUUUACACCAGAUGUUUAAAAACAGAGAGCAUUCCAGUGUAUUGUGGGAGGUUUUUCCCAUUUCAGUGUCUGCCUUAUCGAGCUGCUAGCUUUCAGUAUGAUUAAAAUGCUGAUUUGAGUCGUUUCACGAUGGUAUGAAUUUUGUUAUUUUUUUAAUUUUAAGUUUUGCCUACCAGAAUACAAUUCUUAAAAUAUUUAACGUCAUUCUUGAGGCAGUAAAAUUAAAAAACAUCAGUGUCAUCUUUAGCCUUAAAAACCUGACAUUUGUCUAACUGCUGUGCAAAUAUAAAAAGUAAUCUACGCAAAUGUUCCUGCUGCUGUUACCGUGCUACAUAAAUAACAGAGCCAUACCAUCACAUGAAAAGACAGCUGACUAAAUUUGAGUCAUAUCUGCUGUGAGUACUGUAAGAGUUAAUCCUAUGUUGUAGGAGUCACAUCUUUUCUUUAUUUCAUGAAGGAUGCCCUGUAUUCACAGAAACAAAUAUUCUUCUGGAUGCCAAAUCAUGCAAAUAAAUAUGUUCUUGUAAAUAACUUUA